AUGAGUAGAAUAAGGAAUCCAACCUGGGAGAACGAUGAGAACCUGAAAGCCGAUAUACAGAAAUACGUACUCCAGAAUUUGACUCGCAAAGAAGUUCUAGACUUUCUGGGUCGAGACUAUCCGCAAUAUGCGUGGAGUCUUCCAACUUUGAGUCGUAGGAUGGCUUACUUCGAGAUAAAAUACGUAGACUACGAAACAGACCUGAAAGUCGUGGAAAUGGCGGUUAAAGAAGAAAUUAGUGGACCAGGACAACUCUUGGGGUACCGAUCAAUGCACCGAAAGUUACGAGAGCACCACCAGUUGGCAGUUCCACGAGGCUUGGUGUACGAUGUGAUGACGAAGGUUGACCCUGAAGGUCUUGAGAGCCGCGGAAAAGUUGGACAAAAGAAGCGGCACAGAGGGCCGACUGGCACAUUUACAUCGCUGGUAAGAUAAGCUUAUCUAAUGGUGCUAUUGGUACGUAAGUUCAUUUAAUUGCAGUCGAACCUCGAUCAUCCGGACUUGUUUUUUUCAUGGAUAUUAAUAAGAUAUGAUCUUGAAAAUUGAAACUAUAAUUAAAAGUUCAUUAAUCUUUGCAAAUGUUUUCAAACAUAUAUAUCAAAAACUUUGAAGUCUGUCAAAACCAAACAAAUGCCUGUUGCCAAACAUUUAUAUUGUCCAGUGUUUGUGGAGCAAAGUUUUGCCCUUUUGAUGCGUGUUCACAUAUUGUGCUUUAUAUUGCAUAAAUGCUAGGCUUUAUCCGGCUUCUACAUUUAGAUCUAAUAUGUUUGAUACCAUUUGGACAGCAUGUUCAACAUCACGACCAGUUUGGCCACCAAACAUGUUUUUGGAGUGUGUGGUCAUCAGACAUUUCUCGUUUGGACAGGCCUUUGAUAAUGAAAAAGCAAGUCCUCAAUGGAAAUUUACAAGUUUUUUGGUUGUAUUUGGUUUCUUACAGGGCCCAAACCACACGUACUCUGGAGAUGGCCACGAUAAACUUAUGGAUUUCAUGAACAACACAUUUCCCCUGGCCGUUUAUGGUUUACAAGAUGUUUUUAGUGGCUACAUUCUUUAUUUGAAACUGUGGCCCUCAAACUCAGAUCCUAAACUGAUAGCACGGUGGUAUUUGGAGUAUCUUUAUGAAUCAAGGGGUAACUGCAGUUGA